AUGAAAACUGAUCAGAAUCGAACCAAGAACCCGAAGAGCAGUACCACUGAAAACAUCGUGGCAGUUAAAAAUGUAUUGAGUAAUGAAUCAAACGAUUUGGAAAGCCCAGAAGAACAAAAUUCUAUAGUAAAGUUGAAAGCUGCAUACGACGCCGGAUGGCAAAAGAAAGGGUCAGGUCGAAGCUAUAAUAGUCUUACUGCUCAUGGCAUCGGGAUCGGAUCCAAGAAUAAAUUAGUUAUCGGCUAUGCAACUAGAAACAAACGGUGUAUCUUCUGUGAGAAAGGUCACCCACCGGAAGAUCAUGACUGUCGACUGAAUCACACUGGCAGUUCAAAAUCUAUGGAAGCCUCGAUGGCUGUGGAAAUUUUCGCGAAGAAUCCAAUGCUUAAGGAGGAGGGCGUUGUGAUUGGUACGAUCAUCAGUGAUGACGAUUCAUCUACUAUAGCCCAACUUCGACGCGAAUCAGAGCAUCCAGUUGAAAAGGAGUCGGAUAAAAAUCACGCUGUCUGCACCCUUAGUAAAGCACUGUGGGCUCUGAAGAUCCCGAGUAAAGUAAUUGAUUACAUCAAGUAUUGCUUUGGUUGCGUACUAGAAAAAAAUAAAGAUAAUGAGGAAGCCGUCAGGACUGGUCUUCUAAACAUAGUUCCACACGCCUUCGACGACCACUCGAACUGUGGAACCUGGUGUGGAUACAAUAAAGAUCCAACUACAUAUUUGCACAAGAUCCUACCCGGAGGUAAAGGUCUAACCGAUGAGAACAUGAAAGCUUCGCUAACGGAUGUGUUGCGAAAGUUUGCUGCCAAUGCGAGACGUCUCGCGCCAUGUGGCUCAACUCAAGGGAACGAAUCAUUUCACAAUAUAUCCCUCAGUAAAACGACUAAACGCAACCACUACGGAGGAUCUGAGUCGAAUGACUUUCGCGUGGCGUCUGCUGUCUGCCAAAAGAAUUGUGGCACUUCGUACGUGGUAUCAGUUAAUACGAAAUUAAACCUCUCACCGGGUAAACAUACUGAGAAGUAUCGAGCUCAAAAAGAUAAGCUGAGAGCGGCACGAGCACUUUCUGCUAAAACUGUAGAGAAGAAACGUCGACGCCGACAACUAUUCCAGCAACGUCACCAUACAAACACGAGGGCAGAAAAUAAGGAAGGCAUCACUUAUUCUUCAGGAUGUGGUUUCAAUACGUUUGUAGAACUUGAUAAUAGCUACUCGAUUCGAAAUACUCCAAUUCCGAGCACCAGUGCCUUAGCGUUUUUCGAUCUAGAAACAACAGGGCUAUCGAAAACAUCCGAAAUCGUCCAAGUCUCUGCCAAACUCGGUUUGCAAGAAUUCAACGCUUUCAUUGUGCCCUCACAUGGCUUUUCACCGAGUGCGUCUCUCGUGACAGGGUUGAGUGUGGAUGAUGGAGAAUUGUUUCGAAAUGGAGAAAAGAUGAAAACCAUGCCGCGCAGGCUGGCCUUGAAAUCUUUCAUCGACUUCUUGACACCUGGUCCUGUAAUCCUCAUUGCCCAUAAUGGCGGACGUUUUGAUGCCCCUAUGCUGUUGAACGAGUUGAGAUCUCUGGGAUUGUUGCAAGACUUUCAAUCAGUGGUGUUUGGAUUCUGCGAUACCCUGCCUCUUUUGAAGAAAAAACUACCAGAAAGAAUAAAAGCUAAAAAGUCCUUUCGUCAAUCGGUUUUGGCUGAGGAUUUAGUGGGGAGCGGGGCUGCCGAUGGUGCUCAUGAUAGUUUAGUAGACGUUAGGAUGCUGGCCAAUAUAAUUGAGUCUGUAGGCAUCAACAACGAAGAACUACGAUCUAAUUCCGUGACUGUACACUCGGUACUUAUGGCACAGGUGGAAGCUGCUAAAACUAAAGUAAACAGGCAUGAUUUGGAUUGCCUGAAGGGGGGAGUAUCCACAGGAAUGCUUACGAAAAUGGCGAAGGCUGGUGUAACUAUCGACUUUCUAAAGAAAUCGUAUUCUGAUGGUGGCGAAGACGCGGUUACUAUGCUUUUAGGAGAAGAC